AUGCCCCAUUCCAAGGGGCUUUCGGCUUGGGGGUGCUGCGGAGAUCGAGUCCCCCGGAAGAGGUCGAGCGAACGAGGGCUCUUCCUGACUCCCCAUAUUGAUGACAAUCAGAUUGAUCAAGUUGUGGAGGGUGGCGGUCGAAAUUUCUGCUGGAGCUUGUCGAGGUCACCCGGCUAUCGCCACACUGGCCUUAAUCCUCCCGAAGGCUUUCUCGUUCGACUCCGAGGCGUGUAUUCGAACGGCUCAGUGACUCAGUUCUUUCCAAGCUGGAACAGGUAG